AGGAUGGAAAUUCAGAGGCCACGAACACCAAAUCCACAGGAGCACAGCCGGAAAAUAUCAAAAUUUCAGAGUCCGCCGCCGCCCUACUCCGAGCAAUGGAGCUCUCCGUCGUGCCCUCCAUCUCCCUCUCCCCGCGCCGCGCGCUUCCGCUCCCGGGCAGGAGGGCGGUGCGGCGGCCGGCCUUCGCCUGCCGCUGCAGCUGCUCCCCGGACGAGUCGCGCGGGUCCACCAGGCGGUGGUUCGCCUCCCUCCUCGCCGCCGCUGCAGUGGUGGGAGUUGGCGUGGCCGGAGGGGAAGCCGGCGCGGUGUCCACCAGCCGGAGGGCGCUCAGGGCGUCCAAGAUUCCGGAGAGCGAGUUCACCACCCUUCCCAACGGCCUCAAGUACUAUGACAUCAAGGUAGGAAGUGGGGCUAAAGCUGUUAAAGGAUCCCGUGUCGCGGUACAUUAUGUAGCCAAGUGGAAGGGCAUCACAUUCAUGACAAGCAGGCAGGGUCUUGGUGUUGGUGGUGGAACGCCAUAUGGUUUUGAUGUUGGCAAUUCUGAGAGAGGCAAUGUUUUAAAAGGACUGGAUCUUGGGGUUGAGGGAAUGAAAGUUGGUGGCCAGAGGUUGAUCAUCGUUCCUCCUGAAUUGGCGUAUGGAAAGAAAGGUGUCCAAGAAAUUCCUCCAAAUGCAACCAUUGAGCUGGAUGUUGAGCUACUAUCAAUCAAGCAGAGUCCAUUUGGGACUCCUGUGAAGAUCGUCGAAGGAUAACUGUGCAUAACAUUGUAAAGAGAAUGGUACAUAUUUGUGUAGAAAGUAGAGUGUUGCUUCGAAAAAGGCUAGUUUACCAAGAUAUACUGGUGGUAUUGCAUUGAUAGUGCACUCAUGUAAGAUUUUGAACUCCAUUGAAAUAUAUAAUUCGUUUUCCGCUUA